UGUUAAAAAAUAUCACCAAUCAUUGGUGACCAUUGGUGACUGCCAUGGUUUAUGAGUUUGAAUUUUCGGAAUCUAGUAUUUAAUCGUUAAGUUUUCAGUGUCUUAGUUUUAAAUUAAUCACAAUGUUAUCGCUUUAUGUGUGUUCUAAGAUCGCUUCUUUGACUUCAAAUGAAAUCAUCAAGUUGGAUCUUCAAGAUGAAGUUAGUGACACAAAUAUGUUGACUGUUGGUAACCUGAUGACAACUAUUAAAGAUAAACUCAAUUUGACUGGCUUAAUUGAUGAUUAUCAGUUAGUUUGUUUUGGUAAAAAGUUGAAAGAGGAAAAGCCAUUAAGUCACUAUGGCAUUAAGAGCAAUGCUACUGUUCAUCUGUUUUUAAAAAGUGCUGAAGAAAGGAGUGCUGAUAAAAAGGUUGAUGAGAAUCCUGGUAGAGAGAAGAAAGCCAAAGUUGAUCAAAAAGAAAUGCACAAUAUGGUCGUCGCCUCAAAAACUGCUCUUAGUAAUUCAAGUUUUAUUCGAAUGCUUACCCGUCUUCAUGAAAAUGAUUUUCGAAAUAAUCUCAUCCAAUGUACACCAGGUCUUAGAGACGAUCCUAUCGCUAUCGCUGCUCUACAUGAUCAUGAGCUAUUAAACAUACUGAUGGAAAAGGAUAGUAUUGAAAAAGUGUAUGAAAAACAUCCAGCUAUAUUAGAAGCAGCGACACACUUAGCUACAGCCUUCCAUGAAGAGAACGCAAUGUCUGCUGGUCGUAACUUACCUUCAGCUAUGAGUGUUGAUUCAUCACCUUCCAAUGUUCCCUACUCUUUAGACGAUUUGUCUGACGAUGAAGAAAUGAGUGGCGGUGUUGAUGCACCUCCACCAAAUGGUCAACAUGUUAUGUCACCAACAACAGCCUCUGCUUUUGCUCAUUUGAUGCAACACACUUUGAUGGCCUCACACAACCAAGCUCAACGAUCUCAGCAACAACAACCAUCGCUCACAUUGCCUCAAAAUCGCACACCACAGCAAAUUCAGCAAUUACAACUUCAACAACUCCAACAAUUACAGCAACAACACCAACAAGAACAGCAACAGCAUCAACAACAGCAACAACAACAAGGGAUUCGUCAACAAAAUAAUACUAGAAUCGCUUUCGAAAUGCUUCGUCAUGCUCUUCAACUAACUGAACCAUCUACAAGUCAACAGGGAAACAGUUCAGUUCCCUCCACGCCUUCAGUCACCAACAAUUCUGGUCAAUCAAUCGCUCCUCCAGCUCGCCCUGAUAUGUCUCAACAAAUUGCUCAAAUGAGAGAAAUUGGGUUAACUGAUGAAAAUGUUUGUCUCCAAGCUCUUUAUGCUACAAAUGGAGAUGUUCAAGCCGCUAUAGAAUUAAUUUUCAGUGACACUUUUCAUCCAUAAAUGUGCAAAAAUAACAUCUAUUACUAGGAAUAUUUUUGAAAUUUUAAAUGGCUAGAUACCCAAGUUUACUUUGUCCUUUUAAUUUUAUUUCCAAUUUAUUAAUGGUGAUAAACUUUGCAAAAUCAAUAACAGGAUAAAAUAUAAUACAUGUGUAUAUAGCUAACUUAUUUUUCAUCAGGGAAACUAAUUGCGGUUUACUUUCAUAAUGUGACAUUAAAGUUGUAUUCGAAAUGUUUUCAA